AUGCAAUUCGAGGACAUAGUGAUGCUCGACAUUCCAGAUGACUCGGUCAGUGGUCUGGAUGUCGAGGCUUCGGAAUCUCCCAAGAGCUCGGAUUCUCUGCCUGUCCCAGUCAAGAAAGAAUAUCCCAAACUUCAACAAUGGUUGAUGAACGAAGCAGAUCUUGAAUUCCAGUUCGAUAAAGCAUCCUACUCGAACUCGGUUGGAUACGACAAUGAUGUGGUCGAAGCCCAGAGAGCAUAUGUCACCCUGAUAUAUAAGAUAGUUGCAGACUUGGCCAAAAAAGGCUUGAAUACCGUCAUCAAAGCCGAAAAUGAAGACUACAUAGGCGUGGUCUCGGCCACUUCAAGAGACAUGGGUGCCAGCAAGGAAUUGGGCUAUAAGCAUAUGCUCGUGAAUGAUGCAUUCUCUCAUAUUUGCGGUGAGUUCAAUAACUUCUACGAGCGUGUCACUCAAAACAUUUCCGAAGACAAUGAUCUCGCAUAUGAAGAUCUCCAUUGUAUUCUCAGCUGUCUAGAAGCACACUGUUUCGUACCUUCUGAAAGGCAACGUCCUGAAUUGGUGAUGCGCUGGAUCAAUGAGUACGAUCCCAAGCCAGAAAACGAGUAUAUCAACUCCAUCAUGUACAACACUCCGGUCCCUUACAAGCAUCUGCAAUUUUGGACUAUGUAUCUAGGAACUCUUCUUCUGCGAGGCAUGUUUGAAAGAGCUGAGGAGUCACUCAACCACUCGCAAUACGAGGAGCUCGCCGAGACCUGUCCUGGUUUGCAUGCCAUUAUUGAGGACUUCAUAACAAUAAUUAGUACCUACACCUCAAUGGCUCUCAAAGGAGAAUUUGCUAAGUGGAAAUACACAGUUUGUGACUUCCGAGACAAUUUCAAGUCAAUGAGAACUGGAAUUUCUGAUCCACAGCAUGUCACAAUAGCCUCGAACAUUCAUGAUUUGCUCGGCCUUAUGAGUGGUUUGCCUAAGACUACUGCAUCUUUUGUUUCGACUUGGUACGAGAUGUACGGUGCGUUGUCGUUGUUUCAAGUAAGAGAUGACCCAGAUGUUCACCAAGACUACUUCGAAUUAUCUCUUCAUGAAAAGGGUAUUGACAUUGACUCACCUUUGGAUGAAGCUUUCCGUGAUAUCAUUCAAAAGAAAUACUUAAAAGUCGUUCUUCUGAUUUACGAUCUCGAUUCUGCCACUGCUGCCUAUGUUGGAAAGCUCUUUGACUUGAAAGGGUUCUUCAAUACAUAUUACGAAGACAUUACGGAUCAGAUUAUAGCCAAGCUGAAAAAAGCGACCCGCCGGUAUGUCUCAGACUAUCUUCUCACUAUACAUGCUUUCGAGUGCUUUGAAAUUCAUGGAUUGGUGCCUGUGGCUAUGGGAAUUCUCCUAACGCCUCUAAUUUCAAGUGAGGAUGAAUUUCAAAAGAAGGAAAUUGUAGAAAAAUUCCUUCCAAACUAUCAAUGUCUCACUAAUGAUGACCUUGAGUGGGCUCUCACCAUAUGCACAAAACUCCAAUUGCCGGGAGUUGUUCAGAGUCUAUUGUUGAAACAGAGUGACAAGUCUUUGGAUGAUGGUCAUAUAUAUGAGGCACUUAAUUCGUUAGUGGGUUGUUUGGCUGGAAAAUCUGGAACAGAGCAGUCAAAACUUGCCAUGGAGAAGGUUCACUACAUUGUUUGGAAACUAUUAUUUGAGGACUUGUUAUUGAAUAGCUCUCCCGUUCCUGACGAGCUUUUGACCAACUUAAUAACUGACCAAGUCGACUCUGACUUCCCCGUUAACCCGGUCAUUAGACAAUGCUUGUCGCCUGUGGCUGUUUUAACCGAAUUUUUUCUUUCAUUGAACAACAGUGAGCAGGAUCUGAAGAAUGUGUCGCGCUUGUUUCAUCUUCUCAAAUUCAAGUAUUUGCCUGCGAAAUAUUUUCCCCUACUCUUGGCACAGUUUUUGCCUUUGCUUUCGCAUUCGAGUUUUGAAUACCAGCAUUACAUCAUCAUGAUUGACCUCAUAGACUCAUACGAGAUUCAGCAAAAACUGAGUCAGAACAAAGAAGAAGCUGAAGAUCUAUACAAAUAUGCAGCAACGACUCUCCCGGACAAAAAUGAUCUUGAUUGGAGAGUUCAGCUCAACAAGACUGGACAGAGUAUACCACAAAAUAUUGAAGACCUUACUAGAGAAUUGAGGGAGAGAAUCAUGGAAAAGAUUGGCUUGGUUUAUAUGGGAGCCUAG